AUGGCGUUCCCAGAGUCGAGUAUUGACUCCGGGCGAGAUCGGGACAGUGAAUUCCGACAAUCCUACCGAACGGAAUUGGAGAACGCUGGGGGAUUGUGGUUUCGUGGCUUUAAGGGAAUAUUACAGGGUGGUAUAGCAGAGAGUAGAAUAUCUGUUGUAGUAUCGAGUAGUGAAAACGAAUGUCUGUUUAGUCUCUAUUUCUUCAAUUGCCUUCGUAAAGACAUGAAAUUCCACGAAGAUCCGCAGGCUACCGAUUAUCCAAGUUGGCCUGGAAACUUUGUUCAGAUCGAUUGUUAUUUCUUGAUUUCAUGUUAGUUUCGGGAUUGCGAUCGAAUUCAGAGACAAUUUAAUUACACGGAGGGAGAGGAGGAGAGGGUGAUAAAAAGCAAGAGGCGGAGAAGGGUGAUAAAGAGUAGAAGGUGGAGGGGCGGGUGAUAAAUAUGUUUCUUUUAUCUCCAGCGUUCAAUCUCCCGAUUUACGUACAAUCUCCCGGUUGCCUGCGUUUCUUACCUCCUCGUUUGAAUAAUUUUGCCCUCCCUUUCAACUUUUCGCUCUGGAAUCCAAUUAUCUCCGGGCGGUGGCGCGGAUCGAAAGGGAAUGAAAAAGUUUCCCGGGACCAAAAUUUCAUCAGCUCUUUUGUUAUGAUGUUUGAGCAUUAUGUUUCUCGCUUUACCGCGUCUCACCGACGUCUAAGGAUAACACGCGCUCGAUUUAUCGGAACACGAUAACUAUCACGGAGCAGAGUUUGAAACGCCGCUGGCAAGAUUACGGAUUUCUCUUCGUACACGUGUAUUUCGAACGAAAACUCGUACACACAUAUUCAUUUCUUGCAUAUCUCUCCCAUAUCGGUUUCGUUUCUUUCUCCCUUUUUCUUUCUUCCCCCUCUCCAUUUGUACGGCAAAUAAUAAUCUAGGUAACUCGGAACGUGUUUGAAAUUAAAAAGAGAACACCGUGAAAGACCGUGUGGUAUUGAGAAAAGAGAACAAAAAAAAUAUUUUCACGGUCAGGCGAGAGAUGUGAGGAAACGAUUAAAAUAAUUUUCUUUUGCGGAUUAAAUACGUAAUAAAGAGCUGUUCAUUUUUCAAGGAAUGCUUUAGUUUUAUACUCUGAUACGCAUAUGAGUUGUUAAAUUUGACUUAGGUCCUUCUUCAAGUAUCUGGUAUCUUGAGAGAAAUUUUUAUAUUGGAUUUCUUUUAAUUAAAUACCUAAAUAAUAAUUAAUCCGUUUUUUAAAGUUAUUCUAAUAUACAAAGGAUAUUUACAAAUACUAUAA